CGUGUCACUAUUCACAAGUACUUCCGGAAUGUGCCCUGGCAAGAUGCUAUUUACCCUAAUAUAAGCAUAAAUAUGUGUAUAAAUCUAAUAUUUUCACUUUCAGAAAUAGACCUUAAGAACAGUGGCUAAAUAAGGAGCCAGUGUCAGCAUGUCACUAUCCCAGACACUCCAGAACAAUAUACAAUUAGAUAAACGUAGAAGAUCCAAUGAUGAACAACAAAGUAUAUCAAAGCGACCAAAGUUAACCAAUGGACAGGGAGGUGGUGAUAAUAAACUAUUGAAUGGAACUGAAGAAUCUUUAGAUUCUCAAGCGACAGAUAUUCUCAGUGACAGUGAGGAACCUACUCAGAGAUACUCGCUAAGUCACAGCCCUGAAUAUGGAUUAGAUGACAUUGAUGGCCACUCAACUGCUGCUUCAAACACAUUGUCCUAUCAUGAUGGAUUUGAAAUGGGCAAUUCCUUGAAUGGAACCCAACUUGAAAGUUAUAAAGAUGCAAUAGAGACUAUAGAUGGAGCCACAGAAAGUGCCAAAAUUCUUAUUGAUAAUAUUGAAAAACAAAAGGACGAAAUUGAUGCCCGUCCAUCAGGAAAAAGCAAAGUUAAGCCGAGGGAUUCAAAUGAUGACUUUGCAUUUUUGGAAGAUCCAGAGUUCUCAUCAUGUGAAGUGCCAUCAGAUUUAAAUAUUCCAGAAGUUUCACCAUGUAAUGCUCUAUCAGAUUCUAAUUUUCAAGAGAAAGGGAAUACCUCUGCUGAAAACCCCAAUACACAUAGUGGUGAAAAUAUAGUGCAAUUAUCAAAUGAUGCCAUAUCUAGUCAUGCCAAAAACAAUGUGUCAUAUGACACAAACAAUGUGUCUUCUCAUACAGAAAGUAUUCAAAAUGACACAAAGAACAAAUCACUGAACACAGUCAAUAACAUAGCAUUUACUGAAACUAAGGCAUCUGGUUCAGCAAAUAACUCAGAUAAACCUACAAAUGUGAUAAAACCAAUAUCAUCUUGUCGUAAUGAUGCUGAAAUGAUAGCAAGUAUGUUUCCUGGUGCCAGCAUUGACAUGAUAUAUGACAAACUUGUGAAACACCGUAAAACACCCAAUAGACUUGAACUAGUUACCAACGAGAUACUAGAAGGAGUGACUGCUGAGUUUGAUGAAGUGCCAAGUGCAAAUACACAAAAUCAAAAAAGUCCAGAAACUCUUAUCUGUGAUAUAUUUAGCGAUGUUGAUGAAGUGUUAACUCGAUUGAAAAGACUAAAGCCAGACAAUGAUGUAGACCCCAAUGCAGUGUAUGAAGCAUUAGAAGCUAUUGGUCAUAAACCGGAAAGAGUAAACCAAGUGUUGAACCAAUUUCUUAAUGCAUCAGAUGAUAUUAUCCAAGUGACAGUUGUGAAAGCUGCCAACCCACCUUCAAAAGAGGACACUUUGGUACAAGAUGUCCAAGAGGUGCUCAAAGUACUACCACAUGCCGACCCUGUUGAUGUACUUAAUACAUUAGAACACAUAGACUCCUCUAAGGAAGCUGAUAGGAUAGCUAUCACUAUCAGUAAACUAAGACAUGUAAAUGUGCCAAAUCUUAAUGAUCAAACAAUUACAACUGAUGUUCAGGCCAAUCCUGAAGGGGAGCUUACAAAUCACCCUCUGUAUAAAGAUAUGAUGACCAUUUCGAGGAUGUUCCCAAAUUUAAAUCGAAAUGAGAUUUAUGCUUACCUUGAGGCACAUUAUGAUAACCCUAAUAGAAUAGCUUUGGUUGCUGAGGAGUUGCUUGCAGGGGGAAAUGAGAGCCAAGGUGAUAGUUUUGACAUCCCUGGCAACAUGGUACAUACUGGUGAAGUCAUACGUAAUGAUUCAACUCUAAGCAUUGACUUACCAAAAAGUACAUCAAAAACUAACAUUAAAACAACCAACCAAGUUGAAAAUAUAGAACAUGCAGUAGAUGUUAAGACCGACCCUGCUACCCAUCCAGAACAGAGUAAAGACACAAUUGUGCCAAAUGACACUGCUGGAAACACAUCAGGAGCUAAUGAUAAAUUUAUUAAGAAAAACAACAAUACCCAAACUAAAACAAACAUUUCCAGAAAACAUUCUGCUGUUGCUCAAAAUGACAUGGAUGCGUUACUCAGUAUUUUCCCAGAUGCUGACCCUAACUACUUAUACGCACGUCUGGAAGAAAAGGCUGGAGAGGAGGAGAGGGCCCAGACAUUAGCUGCAGAGUUAUUCAACACUAAAGCAUACCCAAAGCUUAAAGAAGUCCAAGGGAAACAAAAACAAGCUGCUUGGAAACACCAGAUCCAAAAUAUGACAUUUAAUUUGAAAGAAUUCAUCCAAAUGUUUCCUGAUUGCUUGACCUUAUUUUACAACGAGGAAAAACCAGUGACAGAAAGUUAUAAAAAACAUGCCCUGCCCCAGUUAAAGAACUAUUUCCCAUUGAUAACUGAAGUUUAUAUAAAUAAGGCAUUUAUGAAGCACAAGUUCCAUCUGACCCCCACUGUGAGAGAGUUGGAGAAUGAAGCUGGAGCUUUCAAAGGGAGCAAGAAGAAGGGUGUGUUUAUGAGAAGAGCCAGAAAUGUCAAACAUUUUAUACCAGAGGAACCAGAUGAACUUUUCUACAAGGAGAUGCUCUUUUUGCAACAUGAGGAAGAAAUUAAAGAAUACUUUGAAGUGCAAAAACGAGAGAAAGCCAACAAGUUCAAGAUGGCAAAAGAGAAAGGAGAGCUCCAUGAGUGUCCUUGUUGCUGCGAGGAUGAACUUCUGUUUGAAGAGCUAGCAGCCUGUGAGGACGGAUGUUUGUUCUGCAGGGAGUGCAUCAAACGGUCAUCAGAGGAGAAUAUUGGCAGUGGCAAGAUCAAAUUCCCUUGUUUAACAGGUGACUGCAAGGCACAAUUUCCCACUCAGGUUCUACAAAGUGUGCUUCCAUCCAAAGUUUUUUCAAACUUGCUGAGGAAAAUUCAAGAGGAGGAAAUACGGCAGGCAGAUAUAGAAGGCUUAGAAUCAUGCCCUUUCUGCAGCUUUGCCACCAUUAUUGACAACCCUGAUGAGAAAAUAUUCAAAUGUCUCAACCCAGAGUGCUUGAAGGAGUCUUGUCGAUUAUGUAAAGAAGUCAACCAUAUUCCUCUGAGAUGUAAUGAGGUUGAAAAACAGACAGAAACAGACAUAAGAACUUUCAUAGAAAACAAAAUCACUGAAGCAAUGAUCCGGGAAUGCUGGAGAUGCAAGAAACGAUUUUUCAAGAUUGAAGGGUGCAACAAAAUGACAUGUUCAUGUGGGGCGACAAUGUGCUAUGUUUGCCGAAAACCAAAGAUUGGCUAUGAACAUUUUGGAACAGGCCCAAAUAAGUGCCCUCAGGAUACUGACAUACAUGAGCUCCACAGACAGGAGAUGGAAAAGGCUGGUCUUCUGGCAAAAGAGAAGUUUGCUAAAGACAAUGUUGAUGUCUCAACCAUGAAACAUGACCCCAUGGCGCUCAUAGGUAAGCAGAAAAAUCGUGGCCCACAGGGAUAUGGAAUUGGACAUCCUUUCUAUGGUUAUGAUGAUGUUGACAAUGACGAUGUUGAUAGUGAUGAAGAAUAUGAUGAGGAUGAAGAUGAGAGUGAUGAUGGAUGAGAACAAUGUUGAAAAAGUUCAUGAUGUAGAAAGUGUAAAUGAUGAGGAUGAUGAAAGUGACAAUGAGGAGACUGACAAUGGGAAUAUUGAUAGUGACAAUGAGAACAAUGACAGUGACAAUGAAGAUAAUGAUAGUGACAAUGAAGAUAAUAAUAGUGAUAAUGAGGAUAAUGAUAGCGACAAUGAAGAUAAUGACAGUAACAAUGAGGAUAAUGAUAGCGACAAUGAAGAUAAUGGUAGUAACAAUGAGGAUAAUGAUAAAGACAAUGAUGAUAAUGAUAGUGACAGUGGAAAUAGUGAUAGCAAUGAUGAGGAUAGUGACAGUGAUGAUAAUGAUAUUAACAAUGAGGAUAAUGAUAGCAACAAUGCGGGAAAUGAUAGUGACAAUGGAAAUAGUGACAGCGACGAUGAGGAUAGUAAUAGUGUCAAUGAAAAUAAUGAUGAGGAAAGUGAAAUAUAUGGCAGUGGAGAUGAUGGGAGUGAUUAUUAUUAUGACAGUGAUGAUUAA